AUGAUGGCAAACAAUGAGAUGCGUUCGUCUUCUUCGACACUGUCAGCGGCCCCAAGUUUGACGACCAUGAGCAAACCAAGCUUGAACAACAGCAAAGCGAGCCUAACGCACAGCCGACAAAGUGUGGCUGAAUCGUCGAGCAAAGAGCCGAAACCGCCCACUCGGGAGGAGAAGAUUGCAGAACUUCUGGACAAGGCCAAGUUUUAUACAUCGCUGUGCCUGGGAACAACGGCCAUUCUAUCCGUGUUUGCCUUCCUGUUUCUUAUACCCUUCGUAGUAGAUCCCGCAAUAACGACAAUCGUAUCCGACUAUGACCCAGUGCCAGUGACAUGCGUCGUCACCGAUCAUGUGUACGCCGAGGGCAUGAGAAACUGCACCUGGAGCUCCUGUCGCGAGGGAUGCACCACGGCAGCGAUUCGAUGUCACCAGCUAUUGGUGAACUACACUAAAAUAGCAUAUCACGAGUGGCAGGCCCAGCCACGCGAUCUCGACAGCAUCGAAUGGGACGUGAUGGACACGAAAUUUCUCGUCAACACGGAGGGCUGUGGUUAUCCACCGCGAGUCAACUGCUCCGAAUUCGCAAAGAAAUACGGGUAUUCCCAUGUGGGAGAACCUUUUCCUUGCUACUACAGUCGAGCCUAUCCCGAAAUGGUGGUUGCUCGAUACUCUUGGGAAGACAACCUUAAACAUCUUAUACUGUCCCUUAUCAUACCGAAUGUGCUCUUUGCCGUUUCGAUCGGAGUGCUCAGCUAUUGGUAUUGUCCAUGCUGCGAUAAGGCGUGCCAUAAAUCGCCACGUGUCUACGCCGAAAAAUAUCCUACGAAGGAAAAUCCAGAUCUAUCUCUCGAUCAAACUUCUGUGCCGUAGUGACGAUGAGGAAGACGAAUUAGACUACUGAAAGUUUAUUUUCAAUUUUUCGUCACGCAGCAGCCGAUUUUUCACAAGUUGAAAAAUUUUCUCAAACCACCCUCCCCAUAACACCGCCAUCAUUUUUUCCAUGUCUACCAAAAUCUUUUUUCUGUUCGUUUCGUUGAUUCCUAAUCGGAAAGUCCACCACCAUGCCUAUUAGACAGAACCCAAGAAAUUGUUUCCCUCGACAAGCAAUAAGGAGCAUCGUAAUGCCGAAUCAGUCUCGACAGUAACCGUUUUUCGUAUCUUAAACUUUCAAUUUUAUAGUUAAACUGCUGCAUGUCUUUGCCAAAUCUUUUUCACAGUAUUUUUAUUUCAUUUUGACUCCAUGUUGCACCGAUUGCAAAUCCAUUUAUCGCAAUAUCUGCGUUUGGCUCGCUACUACCCAACAACUGAUCAUUGAAACUGAUUCAGUGCCGUUAUCGACAGUUAUCAUUCGAAUCGAUUACCAAUAGAACAAUUCAGAAGUAUAGCAUGACGGGCUAUUAAAUAGCUUUUCUAUUGUUCAAUCAUCUGCUCAAAAAUUUAAAUGUUUGUAAAUACUGUACAAAACCAUAUGACUAUGCAGACAUCUGUAUAUAAAUUUAAACUCGUGAUAAAAUAGAUCUAAAUACCAUAACGUUAUUCAAAACAGAAGGAUAUUUUGCAUAGCAUUCUCAUAGAUUAAUGAAUUUCGAUCAAAAUGUUCACUUAUGAUUCAACAAUAGAAGCAAAAAUCUCAAUUUUGGUAUUUACAAUUUUUAUGCUCGUUUCGAACUUAGUAUUUUUGUUAUAAUUAUUUUUCUAAUAAUUAUUCUUUUCGAUUUACCAAACUAUAGUUUCAACUUUCAAGAAAUCCUAACAACAAACUAUUGUUUCAUUUCCGCCAACCUAUCAACUACUACUAUUCAUUGUACCGACAAUCCUGUAAAUCUGUCUGCUAAAACACCAAAAAUCUCAAACACACACUAAAUAUCGUCUAUCGACGAAUCAAACACAAUCUACGCUCACCGACAGUAAACAGUCUUGGAACCUCGAUUACCAACAAGAUUAUAUGAGCAAAAUUUAACUGCACCAGUGAAAAUCAUCCCUUGGAGAGGUUCAGCGGAUUCCAAAGAUACCCAACCUGGAAGAUCGAAGAUUUCAUCACCGAUUUUUGAAAAGAAGAACUAAGUUUGCUAAAUUUCAGCACCUCAUCGAAUUUCAAGGAAAAAUAAUUGAUAAGUUUUAGACAUAUUAUUUUUGUACAUUUGACUGUUAUUUCCAAUCGUUAGGUUUCGUGUUUGUUCGUUUGUUUUAUAGAUAGUGACAGACAACCAAGUCCAAAGAUUACGGUUAGAUCUAGCGAAUAUAAUGGUUAUUAUAUUUUUAUCAUCUAGCUCUUAUCGCAUUUGUGAGCGAUCACAACGAGAACGCAAAAACGCAAAGUGCUUCGAAGGUUAAUAUUUUAAAACUCGAUAUUUAAAACAUAGAGCUACCAGAGGUAGUAAAAAAACAAGAGGAAGAAAACAAAUGAACUUAGUCUAUCGUUUCAGCAAGCAAAAAAAAGUGAAACAAAAUCUUUAAAUAUAUUUGCAACUCGUAACAACUAAACUAAACAAUGCUAAUCUAACACGCUUGGCUAUUGAAGUUCAAUCUUUUUCAAUAGUGAAUGAAUAACAAAACAGACGAUUCAAAAUAAAUCCGCACACAUGAUACAAAUUUGUAACUUUUGAGAAAUCAGAGAAUUUAUGGAAUAAAGUCAAAGCUUUACUUAAUAUAAA